GUGAACAUCAGGGUACUUCCGGCUGUUCUUAAAGGGACUGCGGAAAGGGUCCAGCCAGAAAUUUUAUUCCUUAAUUUUGCUGGAUUGUUUCUUUGUAGAUGUAUCUCAUAUAGAUAUAAAUAUAUACAAUAAGGGACGUCUUUGCUGAAAUUCUGGAUUAAAAGAAGAGAUGACUACCUUCUGGAGCAUCAGACCUCUGUUGUCAUCUCUAUUGCAGGUGCCGGGCUUCAUCUCCCCUUGGUCCCGCCCCCUCCUGUCGAGGGCCAUGGCGACGCUCAAUCAGAUGCACCGGAAGGGCCGACCCCCGCCGCCGCAGCCCCGCAUUGGAGCCACGUUCGGCCGCCCCCAGCUGAAGGCGGUGGUCCUGAAGACGCUCAUCCGGAAGCCGAAAAAGCCGAACUCUGCGAACCGCAAGUGUGCAAGGGUGCGGCUCUCCAACGGCCAGGAGGCGGUGGCGUUCAUUCCCGGGGAGGGACAUAAUCUCCAGGAGCACAACGUGGUGCUCGUGGAGGGGGGCAGGACGCAGGACUUACCGGGGGUGAAGCUGAAAGUGGUGCGGGGCAAGUAUGACUGUGCGCAUGUCGUGAAGAAGAAGCAGUGAAGAUGGAGAAGAGCUUCCCGGAUGGGGUUUGAUUUGCAUCCCGCUUGUGAGGAUGAACAGACUGAGUCGUGACAACAGACGGUGGUUCAUUUGUGUCCAGCUAUUUUUUUUUUCCCCCUGAAAAUAAAUAUUGUUUUGCGUGGAACUAUGUGCGUGGUUGUAGUUAUGCUGUUUUCUGCCUCUUGCUGAUUAAUUAUGGCAUGGAGGUUGUUAAUUUUUAAGAAUCCUUAAGAAUGAUAUUAUGAAUUUUUCUUUGCAGUCAUACCUGUUCAUGAAAAUUAGUCAAGCAUCUGUUGCUUCACAGCUCUUUAGAGCUAUUUAAAAACUUUUAAUGGAGAUUUUAAUAUUACAAUGUUACAAUUUUUGGUUGUUUAUUACAUAAUGCACAAUAUUACGUUUUUCUCAUUAAAAACUGUAACUCCCACAUUUUUUAAAUAACUACGGCAAUAUGUAAUAAUUUAUUACAAAACGCACAGAAAUGUAUAACGCUGCUUUCAAGCUGUCUAUUACAAAAUGCGACAGACUAUUACAGAAUGCGUGUGCUAUUACAUAAUGAUGUGAGAUUCUGUUACGUUUUGACAAAAUGCAGUAUUAUUACAUGAUGUGUUGUAACUCA